UUCAGUAUUUCACAACAGGUCCUUGGAGUUUUCCAUUGGUUUGUAUAUUUUGGUACUUGUACGGGGAGGAGAAAUGCCAAAAUUAAUUGUUUGGGGUACUAUUUACUCCACGGGUCAUUUUCUGUUUCAGGAACAUUUGCAUUCUGGACAGGACAAACAACAAGACACAGGGCAGACAGCUCAAUAGGCAGACAGCUCAAUAAAGUUUUUGAAGUUUUUAUAAGUUUCUCACCUUUAACACUUUUCCCCCGAACGGCUUCAUUUAGUUUAGAUACUUCCGUAAUACUUUGUAAGCAGGUGUCCUCUAGUCAAGAGUUUAAAACAUUACCCGUUUUGUGCUUUAAAACCUUCCCAUGUUUCGAUUGAGUUUGAUUGAGUGGGUCGUGUGAAAGGCUGUGGCCAGAGGCCCCUUAUCUUGGCCAGCAGCGCUGGGCUGGGGCAGCCCUGGGGCGGGUAAGGGAAGGGCCCCUGAUACCCCGUGACAACGCCCCGUCGUCGGCUGGCUCCCGUGCCAGAGAUUGCUUUGUUCUCGGGGGGUCGGGGAGAUGACGUCGUGGUGGACGGGCGAUUCGAGAUGGCGGCGUGGUGGCAGGAACCCCUUUAUCAGCGCCCAUUCGUCCUCAGUGACACAGUGAAGAUCUGCAGGACCCCUGCCUCCCCCCCCCCCCCCUCACCUCUCCGGCCUCCUCUCACUCCUGAUCACAUGAUCGCGUGUGUCCCUCCGUCGCCUGAGGUGGGGUUGCCCUUUAAAAAGCCAGAAACCGCUUGGGUUCACGCAGACGCGUGGGGCACAUGAGUUCGGUCAAAACCGGCCGUUUUCUACAGACUCGAUGUCUACGAGUCCAUUGGAUAGAGAAGGAGGCGCCUUCUGCAGCUGAGAACCGCUGCGCCAGGCAAGUGGGGCACCACAUCGUACCCGUAAGUUCCGACACGCUUCUGCGCAUCUGUAGGAAUGCAAGGCAAAGAUUGUCUAGGUGUUUUCUUGGAUGAACACGAUCAGGAUAUUAUUUCCUUGGAGAACAUGAUGAGGAAAGGACGGGCUGCUGUUGAUGGAAUAUGACACUGUCAGCAGAGGGAAAGGUUCUAUGUACUGUUAGAGAAAGGAAAAUGGUGAGAGACAGAUGACAGAUUGGGUGAUACAUCGGAAGAUGAGGUCAGUAAGGAACUUUUGCCAAGCGGGUUUUGACUGUUACAUGAGUUCUCACGCACAAGUUCCUUCAUUUGAGGAAAAGAACUAUGCUUCCAGGCUUAGUACAGAAGUAAAAUUAUCACGUGACAGACAAAAUUACAAGAGCAAUGGGAUUUUCACAAUUUGAACAUUUCAGUCAAGAGAUCACAGGGUUUAAAAAAAAAAAAAAAUCUAACUUAUAACACAUAUUAAAGUUGUACUUAGGAAAUCUGUAAUUUCCUGUGGGAUAAAUAAAGUAUCUAUCUACUUCACAAGUGGCUUGGUGGGGUCUGGACAGAGCCUGGCACAGUUCCUUAAUAAUGACAGUUAUAGAUACAGAACUAUUUUUGAAAAAACCUCCAAAGCCUAUUAAGGGGCAUUUUUCUAUCUUUCAAAGACAUCUGGGUUUCGGUAUCUCCUCUCCAGCGUUAAUAAGGAUUAAUCUCUCGCGUACGCCGGCGGUGAUGCCGCUGCCGCGCGUCCUGUGCUCCCCGCCGGACGGCCGGACGUCUCCGAGGAUUUGCGGGCUCCUGAACGUCCUGCUGGCGCUGCUGAGCCGCUUCCUGUUCGCCGUGCACGGCGUGGUGACGGUGUGGCGGGUGGUGGCGGUCAAGGGCGAGCCCCUGUACUGGCUGCUGCUCAGCGGCGCCGCCCUGCUGGGCGUGGAGAUGGCCGUCACCCUCAAGUGCACCCGAAACGCGGAGUGGAAAUGGUUCUCCCCAAUGGUUUUCCUGUACCUCAGCACGGUCGUGCCCUCCAUCUGGUUCCUGGAGCUGGACCUGCUGCAGUCGAAGCUGCCGCUUAACACCUCCUUCGGGAACGACCUCCACCUCCUCUCCCACAUUCCGAUCGCGGCGGGCCUGGCUCAGCUGGACCCGGAGAACUGGGCCGCGGGGCUGGAGCAGACCAUGCUGAUCGUGCUGGUGCUGGGGCGCUGGCUGAUGCCCAAGGGGGACAUGUCCCGAGAUCAGCUCUCCCAGCUGCUCAUGGUCUACGUGGGCCUGGGCGCGGACAUCCUGGACAUCUUCGACACCUUCAAGGAGCCCGAGGUCAAGACCAACCGGACCGUCAUUAUCGUGGGGCUCAGCCUGUUCACCUGGGCCCUCAUGCAGUUCCCCCUGGUGCUGACCCAAACCAGCCACUCCAAAGCUCAGCGCGGGACCGACCGGUGCUCCUCCUCGGAAGCCGGAGGCCGCGGGGACGUGGACGGGCCGGCGGGCGACCGCUGGUCCUCCUGCUGCUCCAGCGAGGCCUGGAGCCUGCUGCUCACCGUCGGACUGCAGGACGGGCCCUUCCUGGUGUACCGCCUCUACCUGAUGGUCCGGGAGAACGUGCUCAACCAGCUGAUGAUAUUCUUCACCUGCAAGAACAUCCUGGUGGUCCUCCUGGAGAUCUACCGCAUCCUGGUGGUCCAGUGCGAGCGGAUGGGCCCGGAAGGAUCCGGAACCGCGCGACGUUGCCGUAGCGCCGCUCGACCGCAAGACGCGGAGAGCGGGGAUCGGAGCUGUCAGCCAUAG